GACGGAUAGUGCGUGGAGGGCGAUGUGCGUUGAGGGCGAUGUGCGUGGAGGGCGAUGUGGAAUAUACUCUGUGUAUAUGCGUGUGUGGUAUGCGGCUGAUAGUGCGUGGCGAGCAGUGCCUUCUAUAUACAAACCGAAGAAAAAUCUUGAUAAUUGUUUGUAUGUGCAUGUGAAUGUCUAUGUUUUGUUUAAUUUCUCUGCUCGUUCUCAAUGUGAAAAGGGCGAAUGAAUUUUCGGUCCAGAUCAGUUCCCAACUAUUCUUACAUUGGAAAACAUCACUAUGUCUUUCAACGCGGUCGUGAUCUUCGUUUUCGCGACUAUUUGGUGUGGCGUGAAGACUGCUCCGGUUAAAUAUGUACUAGCUAAUUUAACAAACUCAACUUCAUGGAAUUCAUCAAAUGAAGUUGAGUUUUUAAUGAAUUUACCGAAUUCGAACAAAUUAAUGAGGAUAGAAUUUAAUUUUGAAAUUUUGGAAGAUACCGAAAUUUACAAAAACAUAUCCUCAACUAUUAUUAAUGAUAAAAAUGAGAAAUUAAUUGAAAGUGAAAGUGAAAGUGAAAGUGAGAGUGAGAAUAUGGUGCCUUCACUGCUGCGAAUUUCGUCAACCCCGCCUUCAUCACCCUCACGAAUUUUCAUCGAGGACGGAGAAGCAAUAUCAACUUCAACGCUGGAAACAACCCUCAUUAAUGGGGGUAAUGAUGAUGAUGAUGAUGAUGUAGCAACAACAACAACGACAAAUAAACCUGCACCCUCACCAAUUUUGAAUGAGGAUAGAGAAGUUGAUACAACCCUCAUUAGUGAGGGUGAUGGAACAACAACAACAACAACAACAAAUAAACCUGCACCCUCACCAAUUUUCAAUGAUGAUGAUAAUGAUGAUGGAACAACAACAACAACAACAAAUAAACCUGCACCCUCACCAAUUUUAUUCGAGAAUGGAGAAGAACAAUCGAUGAGGACGUUGGAACCAAUUUUACCUUCUACUACCGGAAACGAAUCAAAUACAACUCUUGUGAUGACCAGGGAAAGGCUAUUACUCAAUAGUUCAACAUUUGAAACAUCAACUUCAGCUGUUACUUCAACUUCUACAACUACAGCGAAUACUAUGGCGGAUGAUAGUUCUUCAUUUAAGAUCAUGUUGGGGAUAGCCGAUAAUGAUGAGGAUAAUAAUAUAAAAUUUAGUGAAGGUUAUGACUGGGAGAAAAACAAGAUUCAAAAUGAUACAACUAAUAAAAAAGAUAGGGGAAAUGAUAUGAAUGAAAAAGAUAAGGCUUUGGAAAAUAAUCUAAUCAAUGAAGGGAUUUUUUAUGUAGACACAGAUGAAGAAGAAGAAGCAGGACGGCUAUAUGAAAAUGAACUUAUUUAUAUGGAAGGCGGCGCUGAAAAUUAUAAACAAAUCUUACCUUUAAAUAUAGACCAAGAAGAUGAAAACCCCCUCCCCCCUCCAUUUGUUGAUGAUACAAACCAAAACGAAAAUGAUGUAAUUUUAAUGGAGGGAGGAUUAACUAAUUACACCCAAAUUGUGAAAUCUAAUAUAUUAGAUCCAUAAGAAGAAUUUCCCACCAAUAAU